UUUGUUAUCAAAAAACAUCUGGCGUGGUGUGUGUGUUUAUUGUGGUUUUUUAAAUUCUAAAUACGCUUCGAAAAAUAUCGUGUCCUCGUGUUUACAGCUAUAUAGUAUAUCGUUUUUUUGUGAAAAUCGCAUGUGAUUAUAGUAACGAAUUCAGAAUCAUACAAUAUUAUAUGUGCCUACUCAAGAAUCAGAGCGGGCAGAUAGAACUGCCAGCUAUAGAAUAGUUACUUUUGAAAACGUGUUUACAAAAGUAGGAUAUCAGCUAUUUGUGUGCAACACUGCAUUAAUAUGGAACAAAUCUAAAAUAAUGGAACAGCGUAAAGUGAUUUUAUUUUAUGACCUAUGCAGACUUUGCCUUGAAAAUGCUGGUGUGGAUGAUAUGUUUACGAAAGCGGACCUUGUUGAAGACAUUUUAUUGUGUACAGGAGUUAAUGUGACCAGUCAAGAGAACUUGCCUCGUAAGAUAUGUGGGAAGUGCUUGGAAAUUGUCGUGAACGCAAGACAGUUGCGAGACCUGGCCAUGGCUAACGACAGACAUCUCUCCUCCCUGUUUGAUGACGGAGAUUCUAUUAUUGUUGGGUUUAAUAAAAAUCAGAGUCAAAAUGAAAACAACACACAAUCCAGAAAAAUCAGUACUGAUUCUGAUAGAUCUGUUAAAUUAGAGAUAGUUGAACAUUCUGAACAAUCUGAAAAUGAAAGUUCAUCAAAGAAGAGAAAAUCAUUAGAUACAAAUAAAAAUUGUGAAUCUGCACCAAAAAAGUUAACAGUAAGAAAAGAUUUGUUUGACUCAUCUGUUGCUGUGAUUUCAUCAACAAAAGAUGACAAAUCAGAAGCGGAGGUUAAGCAACAACUUAAAGUUAAAAUGAAAAGAAUCAAAACAGAGAGCGGCGACAGUUUUAACUAUGUAUGCGAUGUAUGUCAUAAGGAGUUCAAUGCAUGGAAAAAGUAUUAUUUGCAUCAGAAAACACACAACAGGAGUAUAUUUUGUCCCCUCGACGGAUGCGGCAAGAAGUUUGCUACAAAAGGAGAUCUUGAGAAGCACGUGCGGACACAUACUGGUGAAAAACCUUUCAAGUGCGACUUAUGUGACAAAAGGUUUGCUCAAAGAGGUUCCCUUAAGUCACAUAAAGCCACUGUCCACUCUCCAAAUGAUACCAGUGAUGACCAUACCUAGCGUAAGCCACCCAGUGUCAGGAAGAAGACUUGAUACUGAGAAAUCUUUUAAUUAAUCUAAGUUUUCUAUCAUUUUAAGACUGAUUCUUUAAAACUAUUGCUUUCAUUGUAACCGUCGAUAGUACUAAUAAAACUUACACGUAAUAUAUAACAAAAAUACUAUGAGAUGGAUGGUUGCAUCUAUUAGAAUUUAUUUUUGUCAUUGUGAGGAGAUACAGCAUAUACUGCAUAUAUAAUUAAAUAUGCUAAGAACAUCUUGUAAGAAUCUCUAAGUUUUAUUGCAUGCAAUACAGUUAUGUAACUAAUGGAGGGAGUCAUGCUCCAUUUAAAAUAACUGUUAUAUUUUGUAUAACUAACCAAGUUACAAGUUACUGAGAAGAGAUAAAUGUUCAUAUUGUUAUGUUGACUUUAUGGAGGUACCAGUAAAACUAGUUGUUAAAAUAAA